AUGGUGUUCUCUUCAAAGUUCAUCACAUGCCUCCUCGUCCUAACCGUCUACAUGGCAGCCCCAACAGAGUCAACCAUAACGUGUGGGACAGUGACAAGCACACUUGCACGGUGUGUAGGCUAUUUGACCAACAGUGGUCCGUUGCCGCCAGACUGUUGCGUGGGAGUCAAAUCCUUGAACCAAAUGGCUCAGACCACACCAGACCGGCGACAAGUCUGUGAGUGCCUCAAAUCUGCGGCUAAGGAUGUCACCGGCCUCAAUACCGAACUUGUGGCCACACUCCCGACCACUUGUGGUGUUUCAGUUCCCUACCCCAUUCGUUUUAGCACCAAUUGUGACAAGCCCUAA